GAUAAUACCGCGACGCAUUCACAAGGAAGACGAAGGAUUGAUUAGAAGAAGAAGAAGAAGAGGAAGAGUGGCGCCAACCGAAAAUUUAGAGCGAUAGAUCACUGCAUAGAAGGAACAUGGCCUUAUCUCAAGCCUCUGCGUCUCUCGCCUUCUCUCUUCCUAAUUCUGGCGCCAUAAAGCUAGCUCGAAUCACAAGCCCUAGUUCUACCUGUCGUGUUCAUGUACCGCAACUUGGUGGAAGCCGAUCCACCUUCGCUUCUGGUUCUCCUCUCUUGCCAUUGAAUUUGAGCAUGACUCGUGGUGGAGGAAGAAGAAGUGGAAACAGAGGAGGAGCAUCAGUUUCCAUCAGAAGCGAGCAAAAUACAGAAGGGAGCAACGGUUUGGACAUAUGGCUUGGUCGUGGCGCUAUGAUUGGUUUUGCAGUUGCCAUUACUGUUGAGAUUGCCACUGGCAAAGGACUUCUUGAGAAUUUUGGGGUGGCGAGUCCAUUGCCUACGGUUGCUUUGGCUGUCACAGCAUUGGUCGGUGUUCUAACUGCGGUUUUCAUCUUCCAAUCUUCUUCUAAAAACUGAUAAAUCCCCCACAUGUGUUUAUUGUGCUCCUUUUUGUUGUAUCAAAGACAUAUCACUCUACAUUUAUCACAAUGCAAAUCCUCCUUUUCUUUUUGUUUUUGUUGGCUCUGAAUGUUUACGAUACAUGAUUGUGUCUGUACAUACAUUUGGUUU